UCAGGGCUUUUCCUCUGUGGACAUGGAGGUGAGGAAUCGCACCAUCCUGACUGAGUUCAUCUUGCUGGGCUUCUCCACAGAUCCACACUGGCAGCUGAUUCUAUUUGGAAUAUUUUUAAUUAUCUACUUGUUAACUUUGUCAGGGAAUAUGACUUUGGUUGUCCUAAUUCGGUUUGAUUCCAGGCUUCAUACGCCUAUGUACUUUUUCAUCGGAAGCCUUUCUUUUUUAGAUUUCUGGUAUACAUCUGUUUACACCCCCAAAAUUCUAGCCAGUUGUGUUUCAGAAGAUAAGCGCAUCUCCUUGGCUGGUUGUGGGGCUCAGCUGUUCUUUUCCUGUGUUGUAGCCUACACGGAGUGCUAUCUUCUGGCAGCCAUGUCCUAUGACCGCUAUGUAGCCAUUUGCAGUCCAUUGCUUUAUUCAGCCACCAUGUCUAUUUCUCUCUGCACUGGGCUGGUUGCAGGCUCCUACACAGGAGGGUUUUUGAAUGCCAUCGCCCAUACUGCCAACACCUUCCGGCUGAGUUUCUGUGGGAAAAAUGUCAUUGACCAUUUUUUCUGUGAUGCGCCACCCUUGGUAAAAAUGUCCUGUACAGACACACGGGUCUAUGAAAAAGUCCUCCUGGGUGUGGUGGGCUUCACAGUGCUCUCUAGCAUUCUCGCCAUCUUCAUUUCCUAUUUCAACAUCCUGCUGGCUAUCCUGAGGAUCCGCUCAGCCUCGGGAAGGCGCAAGGCUUUCUCCACCUGUGCCUCCCACCUCAUCUCCGUCACGCUCUUCUAUGGAUCUCUGCUCUUCAUGUAUUCGAGGCCUAGUUCCACCUAUUCCCUGGAGAAAGACAAAAUGGCUGCCCUGUUCUACACUGUGAUCAACCCACUGCUCAACCCUCUCAUCUACAGCCUGAGAAACAAGGAUGUGAAGGAGGCCUUCAGGAAAGCUACACAGACCAUACGGCCACAAUCGUGA